AACGACUAGCUAUUGGUCAAAAUAUCAACGUUUUGUCUGAGGUGUCUUUAUAAGUUGGCUGAUGUUAACUCGAGUUUAUUCGACUGUGCACUGGGCUGAAGGAAGAAACUGGUUAGAAUUCCUCUGCAAGAAAGCGAUUUCAACAAAGCGAAGACCAGAUUCGGAAUGGCAGGUAUGUUGUGAAUAUAUGGUACAUUUAUUCCUCUGUUUAUUUGUUGGUAUAUUACAUGUUCUGGUAUCAAUCUGUGUGGUCAUUUCAACAGCUUUAACCAGACAACUUUACGGCUAGGAGGAUAGACUGUAUUUGUAGAGGAAGUAUAAACUUCGCGAACGUGGUCUAGCCCAACCUAAAUGAGUAAUGCACAAUUUACAGUCAGACCAUAUAGCUUUCGUCCGCUUACACCAUACAAUUCACGACGUUCAGCAAUAUAUCUUUCUCGUGGUAACUUCGUAUGCAAUCACGUCGUUGUGUUUUUAAGUUAAUUCCGCGAUUGUGCAAUUUAAAUUUUAGCUACCAUGCAGUUACACGCUGUUGUUUUCGUCCUUGAUUACACAAGUACAAACUCGCUCAGUCGCUUUUUAUACGUUCCUAUAUGUAAUAAUGUAAAGCCAGGUGAGACAAGGCGUUCAAAAACAAGCGGCGCCAUGGCUGUUUCGCCGCUGAAAUUUCCUUGCUGGGGUAAUGGGAUUAAAACGGUUUGUGCAUGAAGCCGUGUUGUGUAAAGUGAAUCUGUGAGGGUUUGGGCGUUUCUAUCUUUUGGUUCAUGAACUGUUUGUGAUAUAUUUUUCACGAUUAAUGCCUUGAAAAUGACAUCAUUUUACGCUUGAACGUAUACAAAACUAUAAAGUUUAAAAUGCUAACUUUGCUGCUACCCGCAACCGAAGUGAACGCUUCAGCAUCUGCUAAAGCUAAUUUAUUGACAAAGAAAUAGUAAAUUAUGAUGAAGCAUUAAAUAAUUUAUCUUCUUUUGAUGCAGAUGUAAAAGCAGAACUUCAAUCUCGAGUCGCGAAACUGGGAGAAUGUUUCGUGGAUAAGAAACCAGAAGAGAUCAUUAAUUUCUACACGGACGACUGUCGAGUUUUGCCUCCAGGUGCACCAGCCGUGCAAGGAAAAGAAGGUAAACAAGUCUAUAAUUUUGUAAUGAACUGUUCGUUGUAGAUUGAUAGGAAAUGUGUGGACGGGGCCUUAUGCCUGUUCUUUUCUGUGAUCACAUGCAGAAGGAAUUUUGCAAAGGUAAAUUCUAUACGUUUUGAAGGAUUUAUAAGACAUAUUUGAGGAAACUGACUUCGCGUUAAUCAAUGAAUCGGUUCCCUCAAACAUCUCGUACAAAUCCUUCAAAACUUAGAAUUUACCUAUGCAAAAUUCCUACUGUGAUCACAGAAACUUUGAUAGUGUAAACUAGGAUUUAAGUGUAUUUUAUCUGUUCGGGAGUUCGACUCCAUUUGACGUGUUGGUGGACAUCACGAUUGUAUCUGUCACCAAAUUCAAGACCCACAACUUCUGAAGACCUACAACUUCUGAUAAAAUCAAAUGUUAAAUAUAACAAAGAAUUAAAGAAUUAACAUUUUCUGACUCUGAUAACAAUAUUGACUUUGAUCACAAUUUUUGUAUAAACAAUAUUGAAUACUUGCCCCAAGAUCUUAGAGCUCAGAAACCAGCCGAUUAUGCAACAGCAGCGAAUCUAUGUUUUCUAACGAUUUUCAAUUUUAGCAUUAAAGGCGUUCUUCGGUGCCAUGAUGAAAUUUGUUGAGAAAGUGGACAAGGUUGAGAACAAUGUUCUCGAAAUCAUAUCCAUGGAUGGCGAUCUGGCCACAUCGAUGAAUACAGACACUACUUAUGACGCUGAUGGAAAAAUUGUGGUUACAAACAAGUAAGACCCAACCGCAAUCUAGUUGUUCUUCGUAAUAAGUGCUUUGCCAUUAAAAUUUAAUAUUUUCAUUCCUUGCUAUGAUAAAGCCGUUUUAUUAAGCCUCAGCCCUGAUAAAUGAAAGUCUCGAAAUCUCGUCUCAAGUCUACUCUAUAUAAUAGAGUGAGCUUAAAGCCCUAAUGACUAAUCAAGGUCACAAACUUAAAAUAUCCAAUACAGAAUACAAAAAUUUGUUUAUACCCAAUUUUAUACAACUUUCAGGUAACCGUCGCUCUCUCCUCCGCAAAGGCUUUAGUUUCCCUUUGCCGUCUGCGCUCCUUCGCCCAGCGGCUACGCUCGUGUUCCAAGAUCCGCCAUGUAAAGUGUAGUGAAAUGUAUCUCAUCGUAAUAUUAAAUCCUAAGAAAACUAAAGCCUCUGCGGAGGAGAGAGUAACCGUCGCAUGUAAUGCCUAUUAAGUAAUAUCAUUGAACAUCUAGAGUAUACCAUACGCCACAGCCUAUCGAAGAGAAGAUUGCUGUGAAACUCCUUAGAAUAACAAUAAAACUCGUUAUCUAUGUUAGUCAACGUUUAUUCAUAAAUAUGGUCCUUCACCGUCACGUGCGUAUUGUAUUUUGUCAAAUCCGCCAAUAGCAAUAUUUCGACCAAUUUCCCUAUUGUUCGAGUCGUGGAUAGGUAACUUUGCUAAAACAUUGCUAUUGGUUAAUUGGGCAAAAAUAGUUAAAAUACAAUACACACGUGACGGUGAAGGACCAGAUUUAUGAAUAAACGUUGACUAACAUAGAUAAUGAGUUGUGUUGUUGUUCUAAUAAGUUUCACAGCAAUCUUCCCUUCUCAAUAGGCUAUGAUUAUACAGAAGCAUAGAAUGGAACAAAGGAACUAACUUUAGAAUUAUCUAGAUGAGUGAAUAACUUUGAUCUUAUACAAAACUAAAACUAUACUGCUUAGUUAUCUUUGUUCAAUUAAUCUAUUCUGUGUCUUUAAACUAGAACAAUAGUAACUAGGCAUGUGAGUUAUAUGAAGUUGUUUAUUGGGCAGCAACGAUGUAAACAAUGUUAUCCCACUAUUAACUGAAUUGUUCCAGGUCUCUGACAGUUUGGAAGAAAGUGGACGGACUUUGGCAAAUUCAUUGGACCGCUUGGAACGGGGAUAAAGCCGCACCCACUCCAGCAUAGCAAAGAAGUCUUCUGCAAGUCGAUGAAAGUCUGUAUAGUAUAGUGUAUAACUGUAGUUUUUUGUUGUAAUGCCUACGUGCUCAGCAUAUUAAAUAAUAAAUAUAAUAGCUCGUCCGCA